AUGGCAACUGGAUUACCAACAUUCCCGCAAUUUUCUGUACACGAAAAUGCUGUCGACAUCAGAUGGAAAAAAUGGGUGAAGAGGUUGGAUAACCUAUUGGUUGGUAUGAACAUCAAAGACAAAGACAGAAAACGUGCAUUGUUCUUACAUUUUGCUGGAGAUGAAGUCAAUGACAUUUUCGAUACUCUACCCAACACAGGCAACGACUAUAAAACUGCUGUUGAAAGAUUAACAGAGUACUUUGCGCCGAAGAAAAACACAGAAUUUGAAGUUUUCAAAUUUCGCCAAACAAGACAAAUGUCCAGUGAGAAUAUUGACAGUUUCCACACCAGACUGAGACAACUAGGACAAAACUGUGAAUUUGUUGAUUGUGACAAAGAGAUCAAAUCACAAAUAAUUCAGGGAUGCAGUUCAACCAGACUUCGGAGGAGAGCGCUACAGGAGGACAUGGAUCUUCAUAAGUUAAUAGCGAUGGCCCGAAGUAUGGAGAUUUCACACCUACAAGCUCAGGAAAUUGAAAAAAAAACUGAUCGUGCCUACCCACAGAGAGAAGACACGAAUGCUGUAAAAAGAAAAUCUAAUGGCGGUUGGAGUAAACAGAACCGAACACACUCAAACAAGCCAUCACAGGUAUGUCGAAACUGUGGAGGAAACUUUCCUCACGAGAAGCCCUGUCCAGCAAAAGGGAAAGUAUGUCACUCUUGUAAAAAGUACAAUCAUUUUUCAAAAGUAUGCAAAUCGAAAAAACUUGUCAAACAAGUGGAAGACAAAUCAAGUCAACCAAGCAAUGAAAGUUCAUCAGACGAGUAUCUUUAUGGUAUACAGACAAUCAACCAGGUUAAAUCAAAACAACCUAAAACUGCGGUAACUGUUGAUGGAUUGACUCUUAAUAUCCUUGUAGACACAGGAUCAAGCAUCAAUGUCAUGGAGGAAACAAGCUACAACAAAAUGAGAAAUAAGAAAAAGCUACAGAAAGCAUCAACAAAACUGUUUGCGUAUGGCUCAACAAAACCUUUACCUGUAAUUGGAACUUGUGUUGCAAGCAUAGAAAGUAAACAGCGAAUUGUCACUGCGCUAUUUUAUGUAGUAAAGGGAUGCAACGGAAACUUACUGAGCUAUGAAACGUCAGUAAAUCUUCAACUCAUACCCGUUAUCUCUGCUGUAUCGGAACAGAGAGAAGAGAAGCUGUGCGAGAAAUACGCAUCAAUUUUCGAGGGUAUCGGGAAAUUGGAAAACACCCAGGUAGAUAUACACAUUGAUGACAAUGUAAAACCUGUGGCUCAACCACUCAGACGUAUUCCCUUUCAUGUUAGGAAACAUGUAGAAGCUGAGCUAGACAGACCACAGGUCCUAGCCUCGUCUGUCAAUACACCCAAUAUAUAA